GUUAUAAAUGCCGCAGCGCGAGGUGCAUCGCCUUCGGUCCCGACACUCACUAUAUACCCAUUUCCGCAGAUUCAGAGACUUAGCUUGACUAAACCCGCACCCAGCCGCCGAAACACACCAGGACGUUCUAUACUGAUCCCAGCAUGCCCGCCGUCGCAACCAACGCAAAGAUCCUUGUCACCUCAGGCAGUGGCUACAUUGGCGCGUGGACGUGCCUCGAGGCGCUCAAGCAGGGCCUCUCGGUCCGCACGACGGUGCGCACCGCAGACAAGGGCGAGCACCUCAAAAGGCUCUUCAGCAAGUACGGUGACAGAUUCGAAUAUGCCAUCGCGGAGGAUCUGGAGAAGCCCGGCGUGUUUGACCAGGCGGUCCAGGGCGUGCACGGCGUCGCGCACACUGGCAGUCCCUUCCACUUCAACACGGAAUCCGACCCGGUUGGCAAGCUGAUCAAUCCCGCAGUGAACGGGACGAAGAACGUGCUCAAGUCAGUCCUCGCACACGGCAAGGACGUGCAGCGCGUCGUCAUCACCUCAUCCUAUGCCGCGGUGAUCGACUCGAGCAAGCCGGACCGCAUGUACCUCAACGUCGAUGAAGAUUGGAACGAGUACGACCCGAAAGAAGUCGAGAAACAGGGCAAGGACGUCCCCGGCAUCGUCGCGUAUCGCGCCAGCAAAGUGCUGGCAGAGAAAGCCGCGUGGAAGUUCGUCGAGACGCACAAGCCGACAUGGGACUUGAGCACGGUGCAACCUCCACUUGUGCUUGGGCCGCUGAUCCACGAGGUAAGCACGUCGGAGCAGCUCAACACCUCCGCCGCGUACGUCUAUGCGCUCAUUCACGGUAACAAGGACGCCGACACGCUCGCCAACCCGGGGGGAAACUGUGUCGACGUGCGCGAUGUCGCUGACGUGCAUAUCAAGGCGCUCCUCGUCGACCAGGCCGGCGGCCAGCGCCUGCCCGCGUGCUUCGGGCCGUACACAUGGCAAGACUGGGCAGACGCCAUCCACGCGUCGCGCAGCGUGCCGGACGACAUCAAAAAGCAGACGCCCAUAGGCCAGCCGGGUAACGGCAAGGACGUUAAGCAGAAAGUCUUUGACCGCACCAAGAGUGAGAAGAUGCUCGGCAUCACGUUCAAGGAUAUCCAAAGGCAAGCCGACGACAUGAUUAAGUCUUUCGUAGAUUACGAGAACCGCAGCUGGAAAGGCUUGCCCGCAGACGAGAUUUUGCAACUAUAGAGAGCAUUGUAUUGCAUGGGACGGGACAGUGCAACGAUCAUAUACACAACAGCGAUGGGCGAAGUCCAUAUGAUUCUG